AAAAAGAGGGAAAGAAAAAAAAAAAAAAAACAACUCGAGCGAGAGAAAAAAAAAAAGGCCCCGGCCGCAGCGCCCGCCGCCGCGCCGCGCCGAGCCGAGCCGUGCCCACCGGCGGGAGCGGGGGGGCGGCCGCGCCGCCGCCGCCGCCGCCGCCACCAGGGAGGAUCCCCCGCGGCGCUGCUCCAAAAUGCACAGGACCACCAGGAUAAAGAUCACCGAGCUCAACCCCCACCUGAUGUGCGCCUUGUGCGGCGGCUACUUCAUAGACGCCACCACCAUCGUGGAGUGUCUGCACUCCUUCUGCAAAACCUGCAUCGUCCGCUACCUGGAGACGAACAAGUACUGCCCCAUGUGUGAUGUCCAAGUGCACAAAACCAGACCCCUCCUCAGCAUCAGGUCGGACAAAACCCUACAGGACAUAGUGUACAAACUGGUCCCGGGGCUUUUCAAAGAUGAGAUGAAGAGGCGGCGUGAUUUCUACGCAGCCUACCCCAUCCUCCCUCUGGCUGUGCCCCCUCCCCGUGUUCCCAACGGAUCCAACGAAGAUCGCGGGGAAGUGUCCGAGCAGGACAAGGGCAAACUGACAGACGAUGAGAUUGUCAGCCUGUCCAUAGAGUUUUAUGAAGGGUCGAGGGAUCGAGAGGAGAAGAAAGGGGACGGUGGAGAACGGGGACCUGGAGAAGGAGAAGGUGAAAGAACGGGGGUACGGUUCCUGCGCUGCCCCGCCGCGAUGACCGUCAUGCACCUGGCCAAGUUCCUCCGCAACAAGAUGGAUGUUCCCAGCAAGUACAAGGUGGAGGUCCUCUACGAAGACGAGCCCCUGAAGGAGUAUUACACCCUGAUGGACAUCGCCUACAUCUACCCCUGGAGGAGGGUAAAACGGGGCCCCCUGCCGCUGAAAUACCGCGUCCAACCCGCCUGCAAGCGGCUGAAGCUGUCCCAGCCGGCCCCCUCCGAGGGCACCAACACCAGCGGCGCAUCCGAGUGCGAGUCGGUCAGCGACAAAGCCCACAGCCCCGCCACGCUGCCCGCCACCUCGUCCUCCCUGCCCAGCCCCGCACCCCCCUCCCACGGCUCGCCCAGCUCCACCGGUGGCAGCGGCACUGCCGGCACUGGCACCGCACUCAACGGCACCUCGAACUGCCCCCCGCUGCCCCCCCGCCAGCCGGUGCCCGCAAAACGACUGUCAACGGCAGCGCCGCCUCCGCCCUUGACCUAAGCACCGACCACACAGGGGACUCCUGGCUGGGUUUUAUAUAUCUAUAUAUAUUAUAUAUAUACAUAUAUAAAUAUAUAUGUGUACAUAGGGAGAAAAAAAAAUUAUACAUACUUAUUUUCUAUUGAUUGACCAGAUUAAUUUAAAAAUGCAAAUAAGACACAUAAAUGUGGUUGAAUAUUUUUAAAUGAUUUUUUUUCCUUUUUUUUUUUUUUUUUUUUUUUUUAAAUUUUAACUUAUGUAAGCUGCAUGCCGGAGCCGGGAGCCACGCAGGCACUGCUGCCUUCCUUGCUUAUUUUCCCUUUUAACGCUUUUCACUCUCCUCCCCCAUCCCUCUCCCCUCGCACCCACCGGGAGCGAGACGGGGCGGUGAGCGGGGACUCCCGGCUGCACAGGUAAGGGCCAAGCACAGGUAAGGGCCAAGCACAGAAGCCAAAAACUCCCGCCUCCCCAGCCCCGCCGUGCCCUGCAUUAUUAUUUUUUUUUUUAUUCCGUUUAUUUCAGUUUUUUUGGCCACCAGGCUAAAUAACAUGGUGCCCUGUGGCUGGCUGGGACCACCGGUCCAUUUGUUGGCAUCGAGCAUCGCUUGCUGGCGUUACCCACCCCCCUCAGUUUUGCUUUGCCGUGCACAUUUCUGGUUCUGUAUCCCUGAGUGGUCUCUGGACAGGCAAAGCCUCACACAGACGCUUCCCUUUAUGCACAGUAAGUAGGUUCCUUUUUUUUUUUUUUUUAAUAUUUUUUCCAGCUUAAAAAAAAAAAAAAUUAUGCUUGCAACUUGGUGGCGAAGGGCUGGCCGGAGCAGUGGUAGGAGCACAAGCCCCGCGGAAUAUUGGUGUCUCCCCUCCCCGGGGCAGCACUGGGUGCCAACUCCGGGAAAUUUUGUCUGGGGGCAUCUAAACCAUUGGGGGCUGCACUGGGUGAGUCAAUGUGGGACCCAGGGGCUUCAAAUGCCCCGGCAGGGGGCACGGGACACCCCCCCCCCAUCACUGGCUCCCCGCUCAAACGCACGGCUUCAACACUGCGUUUCAGAGCGUUUCUUUUUCUGUUCUCCGCCCUGUCCUUCCCAUCCUCUCCUCCUGCCCCCACACUGGGUUUUUAAAAAAAGAAAAUAAAAAAAAUAAGACUACAGUGCCUUUAGCCAGGAGGCUUCGGUGAGGGGGCGAGUGUGGGAAGGUGCUGCCGUGUUCUGGGUGGGAGUAGAGCGACACCGGCAUCACCGCCUGCUCCGGGGAAAGGGACCAACUUUCUACACUGUCAAAAAAAAAAAAAUUAAAAAAAAAAGCACAUGAGCCCCAGGGAGCGCAGAACCCAGGGGUUUUCUCUCCUGCCCUUGCUGGGGAGGGGGAUGAAUGACAAAAAAAAAAGCAAGUGCCUGCAGCGCCUGGCCGGCACCCCACGGCCAGGCUACGGCCCGCCCGGCACGGCACGGGGGCGAACCAAAGGAAGGUGGCACAGGAAUCGUAUGACCAGCCCGACUCCAAAGGUCAGGAAACGUGGGAUGUUGUUAUUGUAAUUUUUUUUUAACUUUUAAUUCUUUGUUUUGAAGUACUGCAUCCCCAUCACGGAUGUGACAGCGGCACCUUUGCUACAGCACAGCCCUGGCCGAUGGGGUCCGGGGGGGUCCCCUCUUCUUUGCUCCCCAUCCCCGGGCUGUGGCUGGACGAGGGGCUCAGAGCAUGUCAGGGGGCUCCAUUUGUCUCGACUUUGACACCCCCUUUUCUCCUUGUAAAUAGGCCAGAAUUAACUGAGGGAGGCAGCUGAAGUGCCUCGGUCUGGGGGUUGUGGGGGGCUCUUGGGGGGGGGCGUUUUGUUUUCUGUUUUUCCCUCUAUGGUACAAACCAAAUUGCUCUGUAUGUUUGCAUCCUGUAUGACGUUUUAAUGUCUUGUAAUAUAUCCCAAUAUUCAUAUAUUGUUCUCGGUUAAACAUUUGUAUAACUAUACAGCUUUGUAAAUGUAAUAAAUGCUGCAGACUGUC